UUCUCGACUAUCUGACGGGCUGGCUUAUCCUCCUCGCUCAUAGCUCUUGCCCCCCUUCCAUCUUCUGCCCUGCCCUCCCGUCCCCGGCGCGACCCUGGUGCUGCUGCUGUAGAUCCUUCGUCAUGCGAUCAGUCUCGCCGCUGUCAUUUCAAACCCCCGCAAUUCCUUUCAGCCAAAACGAUAAUCUUUUUGCCUACUCCAGCUUCCUCUGUUGUUGCAUGUAUAUACACCAUCAUCCAUUUGUUUGCUCAAAGAGCUCGAGAUCGUGAAUUUCUCCGUGGACAGCAGAAGCAGGAGCGGGGGUUGGCAGAUACGGCGCGGAGCGGCAUUCUUGAGGGUGAGGUUGCGGUUUCCAGUCUGGUGCCCGCGGUGGCGGAAGGAUAAUUGGGCGAGGUGGAGGAAGGGAAGAGGAGGGUAAGCGAGCUUAGAUGCUACACGCGCUUCACGUUCUGAGCAGGAAACUGAUUCGCAUAGUUCUCCCAAUGAUUUAAAAUUUAGUCAACAUACUACUAGAGCGAGGCAGCAACAGAGGCGGGGACGAAGCAGAGAUCACUUUAGUUGAUUCCCUCCUCCGAACGGAAAGUUUUGGCAGUCGGCACCAGAUUUGUCUAUUCGUUCGCACCUGCUUUACGAAGUUCUCGGGUUUGAGAAACUGAGGUUUCCGAAAUACAUCUCUGGUCUAAACCGCGGAGGCAGCCGUUGAUGCAUCUUGAGUCAUCACACAGCGUCUGACAAGUCAAGGAAAGAACCAGACGAUUGUAUUACGGUGUAGGGAAGUGAAUCUGUGGAUAGAGAAGGGCGAUCAUAAGGAAGAAAAUACUUCGCUGUAUCUCGAAAGGGGCUGAAAGACGAAAAGGGAAUUUUCGAGAGGGAGUCGCUGUUGAUACCAAUUAUGGCAGAAGACAGACCGGACCAAGAGGAGGAGUCCAGAGGGGAGACCGGACAAACCCAGAUGAUGUUGGAACAGAGAUCAUGGAGAUUCGCUUACGAGGCCCUUACACACGUGCAUUCGAUGAGGCUGUUUUUAUUCAAUCCAGCAUUAUCAUUUCCGCUAAGAUGCCAUUCGCUUCGGGCCUACCUUCAGCCGACUUCCCCAUUUUCUGCUUCCCCUGUCGUGGUGUGCCGGUGGAAUUCUCCUGGAGGAGACUCGCACACAGUCUAUGUGCCCAUGCCAUUUUGCCUCAUCGAUCACUCUGCCCCCUUUGUUGUCCAGUGUCGAACUGAUUUUAUCGAGGUGAAGCUAAAGCUUCUUCCAUUUGGUGGCAGCUUCCUGGAUGGUCUUACCUUCUUAGGUUUUUCUCAUAGAGGGAUCCCCAUCAUGAGGGAUGGCUCUAGGCAAACGGAAGCUCAGAAGAGAGACGAGGCUCCCUUUUCCCUGUCCUCAGAUGCAGAAUUACUCGCGUCAAAGGCCAAUGUAACCUUCUUCUGCAGAAAGUGCAGUGCCAAACUGACCGACGGUAGCUUGAGCCGCAUUCUGGAACUGCCAUCUAUGGAAUGGCGGGAACUUGCAGACCACUGGUUCGGAACUUGCUGCUGUUCAGAUGGGGCUAAAACAGAAAACCUUGUGGCUCAAUUUCAACAACUCAUGACUCCUACAAGAGGUUUGUGUCUUGUGGGAUCUACUACCUGCAUCAUUCAUUCUGAUGAUCUGGUCAACGGUACUCAACCCCAUCGAAAAUCCUCGACCAUCGAAAGUUCCCGAGGGGAAAAUGUUGGUGUCAAAGAGGAGCUCUCAAGAUCCGCCGUCUUAUCUCCUGAAGUUGUUGACGAGACGGGUAAGACUACGAGAGGACGGUCUGGCCAUGGACUGGUAGUUGGCUGUGUACCUGCAGCGCUGGCGACUGAUGCUAGCGAAGCUGAUACAUGUGGAAGUGUUGUUACUUCCCAGGAUGCCGAAGAUGAUGUGCCAGUGGAGAGCAAGCAAAGCGCAGAGCAAAAACUUGUUGUGACUGGAGGGGAUCAUUCUAUGGUAGAAACCAUUGAGCAACGACACGCAUGUGUCACUCAUUGCGGUGGUAAGCAUGGGGUCAAGAGGGAGAAGUUAUCGACAGACCCAGUUGCCACUUGUAAACCCAUGGCUAAUGGAUUUAUGAGCGGUCCCAGCGCAGCCUCUAACUCCCCAAAUUGGACGCCUGUCAAUUGCCACUCGUGUUCUUCUCUCAUUGGAGUUACUUCAGGAGAAGAGGAGGGAGUACAACUCUUCAAGUGUCAUGUCUCUACUGACGAGUCCGCCGGUGGACCUUCCGAUAUAUUCCGGUAUCACACUUUAGACCGGGUGUUCUGCAAUGAACUUUUGGCGAACACUGAAGAGAGUUCUUCAUAUCGAUACAUUAUUCGUGGGGCAAAUACAAAAAUGCCGCUUCUUCAGUUGGUCCUCCUUAACCACGAAUCGUGGAACUGUUCGGGUUUUUGCCUUGGUGAAGUCAGUUCUCUUUCUGAUGACGCGCAGGACCCUCUUAAGAGGAAGGAAGCGUGUGUCUUUCUGGAUGAUGAGUACGAUGAUAAUUUCAUGGUGUCAUCCCCAGAAUGUGAGUUGCUUGUAGGAUUGGGGAAAGAAGAAUUUCCUCCUGCCUUCUUGGAACCGGUUAUGAAGGUUAUGUUUUGUGAUAUCAGCGACUUCAGCAAUGAGGACUUGAGCGGAGUCGAAGAGUGGGCCGAGAAGCAUCAAGCUGAUGACAUCUAUAUGCUUGAGAGUGAAAUAAGUUCGUUGACGAAAUCUCUGCAUGAAAAUCAAAGAUUGUUCCCGGAUUCUUGUGCUACAUUCGAGCAGUUCCGAUCAUCGUUCCUCACCAGAUGAGAGUGGACAUGGAGAAAAUUUGAAGUCGUUAUCAGUUACAUGUAGCAUUUUACUGAAUAUCCCAUCCUACAAUCCGUAGACCUGCCGUUGACAUAAGAAUUGUCUUAAUAGAGACAGGCUUGCAAGGUCUGCUGUCACUGGUGUCACAAGUUCGUGCACGCUGUAUGUACUACUAAGAAAUUUGUGGCGUCUACAUAGUGAUGUCUUUACCCAAAAGUCUGAUCUGGCUAGUCAGCAACCAGCCACGUUUAUCAGUAGUGUUCACAAGCCGGAAUCUCUUGACUGCUGUUUCAAAAUGAGUUAAUCUAUGUGGUAUGUCAUCUAGCAGAUGGGUUCCCCCUAGGCAGGGCGUAGAUAUCCUUGGUCCACCGUUUUUUAGGGUGUGACGAAUCCGUUGACAUACUGAACUGGGGUUACAUAUCCGUUGACAUUUAUCAGGUAUUCGGCUCAAGCGUUGUAGUUCAUACUGGUAUGAGUUACAUAGAGUCUGCAUGUCACAGGAGAGGUGAACUUAGGUUUAUACUCUCUUAAGUACGCUAAACUGACUAGCGGGGUUGCUCCUGAUUGCACCCAGUCGCCUACUAGCAGAAGAGUUUAGAAGAAGGAUACGAAUGACCCAUCCCUGCUCUCAAUCUUCCCCAUUCAACAUUUGAGGUAUAAUACGCAAGUUGUUGGGAGAAAAUGUCCGGCAGGAUCCUACUGUUUGUGGGAGUUGGAUCACGUCGGCCUUACCUUUUAAUGCGUCUCUUCACCGUCUUUAAGUGCGUCAUAAUCAUCGACAGGCGUCACGUUUCACGAGGCCGCGGGACGCAGUUUUGGAGGUAAAGAUGGUCUUUUUUGGCUAGUAACCUUCUGCCGAAGGAAUUUUAGUAAAUUAUACGCCUCUCAACUUCCACUGUAUGCUGCAAAGCUUACUUGACAAGACGCAAGCCUCGUGUCUUUGUACAUUUAGCUUCGGACGCAAGGGGAAUAUAGAUAGAAGGAAAGCCAGGGUUUGAAAUUCCCCAUUUGUUUCAAUAUUUUUGUUUGGGCGAAGUAAAUUUGGCUGUAAAUAUGUUGGUCAUGCCAGUCAAUACGUGGGAGACCGGAAAAGAUGUGUUCAGGCUUAGGUUUUUGUAGUUCAGGUUAGGUUCUGCCCAUAUCUCCUUUUCAGUUAGACCCUUCAAAUUUUGCAUACUAUUUUAACGGUGGAAAAGUUUUGUAUUUAAAUAUGGCUGGCUGCUGGACUUGGAACGG